UAUGGACCGGCAGCCGGGCGGAGGACUUGAUGAAGUCGCCGCACAUGGCACGCAUUGGCAACAGUGUGUACCGCGACAUCUGCCCCGAGGACGACCCGUUGUGCUCCAACUUUGGGUUUGAGGACUACGACCUAAGUCGUCCCACGCCGAUGAUGCGGAUGUCGUUGCUGUACAACCUGCAUGUCUCUGGGGAGAGCCCCAGUCCGGCGAUCGACAAUAUGUUCAGGCUUGCCUACAGGUCGCGCCACGGCCUGGUGAAGAUCUACAAGGUGAUGAAUGUGAGCGCGGAGAGCAAGGCGUGGGUGGCGGACCCGAAGAACCGCAAGUGCGACGCGCCAGGGUCGUGGCUGUGCACUGGGCAGUACCCGCCAGCGAAGGAGAUCCAGGAGAUGCUGGCGAGGCGCAUCGACUACGGCCAGCUGGAGGACUUCAACCGCGGCAAACGAGAUGACGCGUACUACCGUGCGUACAUGCGUCGCAUCCGCAAUCAAGGGCGUGGCUAG